AUGGUGACAGUGACGACAGGUAAAAUAUCUUUAUUUUUCUUCCCUGUUGCUAGAAGAAGUUUUACUAUAAGUUUUUUUUCUUUUUAAGUAGUCAUGGAAGUGACAUUUUCUAUCUAACCCAAAAAGGAUAAUCACCAAAGGGUAAUAGUACUGGUUUUGCUCAUGGCACAGACCAUUGAGUUUUUGUUUAAAGAAGUAUAGUUCUUAUUCCAAUGUGACUAUGGCUACUUUGACUACUGGGGCCAAGGAACCCUAGUCACAGUCACUACAGGUACAUUGAUAUUUUAUGCUGUUUAUGAUUAUUUUAACUUUAAAUGUGUCUGUUUUUAAAGUCUUGCAGAAAUUAAGGAAAUAAUUAAAAGUCUGUGCAUGGGUAUUUGUCAGUCUAGUGGGACAGUCUAAGUCACUGUGACUACUUUGACUACUGGGGCCAAGGAACCCUAGUCACAGUCACUACAGGUACAUUGAUAUUUUAUGCUGUUUAUGAUUAUUUUAACUUUAAAUGUGUCUGUUUUUAAAGUCUUGCAGAAAUUAAGGAAAUAAUUAAAAGUCUGUGCAUGGGUAUUUGUCAGUCUAGUGGGACAGUCUAAGUCACUGUGACUACUUUGACUACUGGGGCCAAGGAACCCUAGUCACAGUCACUACAGGUACAUUGAUAUUUUAUGCUGUUUAUGAUUAUUUUAACUUUAAAUGUGUCUGUUUUUAAAGUCUUGCGUAAAUUAAGGAAAUAAUUAAUAGUCUGUGCAUGGGUAUUUGUCAGUCUAGUGGGACAGUCUAAGUCAUUGUGACUACUUUGAGUACUGGGGCCAAGGAACCCAGGUCACCGUCUCAUCAGGUAACACAAUCAUUCUUUUUUUCCUUAGUUUUCUGUUUAUGUAAAUUGUAAAAUUAACCCAUAUGCCUGUUUAUAUGUAAAAUAUUUAUAUUCUAAAAUGCUGUUUAACACCCAAACUGAUUCAAUCUAUGUUUUUCUAAGAAAAAAAGUAGAUUUCUAUAUGUUUGGUUAGAGAAAUGUAGAAUUAUUAAAUUCCCAUAUGUCUUGGGUAAAAUUUCAAAUAACUCAUAGUAAAUGAGGGAAUUCAUAAUUUUAGCCAAAUUAAAAAAUGGCCAUAAGAUAAGAUUUAUUAGUCUCAAACAGGACAAGUUUAGUGUCUUUUUUUAACGGUGGACUAAAGAGAGUUGUCAUUGUGCAACUGGGCUUUUGACUACUGGGGAAAAGGGACAUUGGUCACUGUCACAACAGGUAAGAAUGUCAUAAUUGUACAAAAUCAUAUUUUAAAAAUACUUUAUAAAUUAACAGUGUGUCAUUUUACAAAUGCUCUGUAUCUCUAAAAGUCCAUUACUUAUACUCUGUGACAUAAAUAUAUCUAUGUCUAAGUUAGACUACUUUAUCUUUUUAUUUUGAAUGGAGGUAACAAAAUUGUAUAUUUUUUAAGAUAUUUAAGAAUUUUUUAAAAAUGGACCAUUCCAUUGCAUACUUUGAAGCCUAUCUUUUAGCAUUGCAAUUAUGUAGAAUAAAAUAAGAAUUUAAACUUUUCAUCUGUAAAAGUAUUUUCUAAUGACAAGAACAAUCAACUCUAGUUGUUCUAAAAUCUAAUAGAUAUUAUAUUCCAAUAUUUCAAUAUUUUAAGACAUUUUUAAAUUAGAUUUUACUCUUCAAUUGAAAAAAAAUCUACAAUACUUAAAGUUAUUUGAGUGGUUUUUAAAAGUGUCAUUAAUGUACACUGAAAAUAUAAUUUAAUUAUUUUAUUUCAGUUUACUGUAAUAUUACCCUUCUAAUUGACAAAAAUAAUUUUUAGUGUAGUGAAUAAUAUAAGUGACUUGUAGCUUUGAUAUAUUGUAUUACUUUAAACCAGUAGUUGUUUAAUGUGUACUAUGCUAUGGAUUAUUGGGGGCAAGGAACCCAAGUUGUUGUGACAACAGGUAAGAUCUAAUUCUUAAUACUCAUUGUUUAAUCAUAUUUGAUUAGAUUUUAUUUUUCAAAAUGUCUAACCAAAAUGUUGAUUAACCAUUGAGGUGCCAAAUGUAUUCACUUUAGAUUCCUAAACCUUUGUUGUCAUUAAAAAUAUGAUUGUCUACAAUUUAAACUUCUUUUAAUCUGAUUUAAAAAAAAAUAAUAAGUGUUUAGCUGUCUUAGAUUUGAAACUGUUGAAAAAAGGCACUUCUCUAAAUUACACCUGGUUUGAUUACUGGGGUCAAGGGACCCUUGUAACCGUGACAAUAGGUAAUGUGCUUUUAUCUCAUAUCUAUUAUUUUAUGUCUUGGAUUUAAAAAAAAUAAGACUUUAGAUCACUGUCUUAGAUAUGUAACUGUUGACAAAGGUACUUCUCUCAAUGUGACAACUGGCUUGAUUACUGGGGUCAAGGGACCUUUGUAACAGUGACUACAGGUAAUGUGCCUUUAUCUCAUAUAUAUUAUUUUAUUUCUUAAUUGCCAGACUAAUAUAUUUUUAGAUUAAAUAUCUAGUGAAUAAUAAUAAUCUAUUUUAAAUGCAAAUAUA